AUCUUGGCAGCUUUUUGCCACCUCAAAGCUGAGACUGAAGAAAAGUCUUGCGACUCGCGACUCGCGACUCGUGAAGAGAAGCGAUUCAUGUUCGUUCGGCACGUUCCGUGGCACGUUCCUGGACGCUACCUGGCACUUCGACGUGGAGGUUUUUCGACGUGGCACUUUGGGCGGCUACCUCGCAAAGAGGAUCAUGUGCUCAUGGGUGCAGUGAGUUAUGACCCAGCCAUUUCGAGCAUUUGGGAGAAAAUGAAGGACUACUUGAAUUCAGCUGGAUGUCCAUUUGAUUUCGUUCUCUUCACCAACUAUGAGCGACAGGUAGCAGCUUUGUUGGCUGGUGAGAUUGAUCUGGCCUGGAAUGGUCCCGUCGCUCAUGUUCUCGCUCAGCAGCAUGCAGGCCAGGCCAGACGUUUUGGCCUAAACUGCUUUAGGUCCGGUCCGGUCCGCGUGGCUGCGGCAUCCGCUUAAGUAGCGGCAUGUGGCCCCCGUCCCUUAAGUAGCGGCGUUUGGCACGUCCGGUAGGGGGGAAAGGUUCUGCAUGACGUAGGGCACGGCAUUCACGUCCCAUGGGACCCCGGCUUCACGGCCAGGGCCUGGUGGUGUGAUUUCCCUGGGCAUGCGGGAUGUGGACUGUGACUUUAUCUCGCUUUGCGUGGCACGAAAGGACGCGAACGUCGCGUCUGUCGGCGAAGUGACUGGAAAGAUUGUGGCUACUGGAGCUUCUGACUCACCCCAAGCGCACUUGGUGCCUCUGUUCUGGCUUGAUGAGCUGGGAGUGAAACCAGCUGAGGUCAGAGCAUUUGACAUGGACCUGGGAAAACAUGGCGACACAGCUGUAGGGGAAGUGUCUGCCUUGGAGGCGUUGUUGGAAGGCCAGGCACAAGUGGGGCUGCUGUCCAAAAUGAUGUGGAUGCGUGGCCUGCAAGGACAACUCCCCAGCAUUGAUGCGAAACAGUUGGAAGAAACGCUGGAAGUGAUACCUGAAUCUCCUCCACUCUUUGACCAUUGCCAGUUUGAUGUCCUGGCCAGCAAUCCAGCAUGGAAGCGUGAGAGCUUCUGUGAUGCUCUCUUCAAGAUGGACAUCAGGAAUCCCAAACAUGAAGAGGUCAUGCGAUUGGAAGGCAUACAAGACAGUUGGAUGCCACCCAGACAAGAGGGUUAUGCAGUGGUGCAGAAGGCCUUCGCAUCCUUUCAACCCAAAAGGCACUACAGCACCGUCGCCAGAACUCACAGACCCGGGCGGCCAGGCAUGUCCACGGCCACCGCCAUGUCGCGAGGAGGGGGCCUCGGUCUCGGAGGCUCCCGCCAUGUCAGCUCCUCUCGCGUGGGAGUGGUUGGAGGAGGUGUGGCGGGUCUCCAGGUGAUCCGGUCUUUAAGGGCUAAGGGCUUCGAGGUGAAGGCUUUUGAGCAGGAUGCCAAGAUUGGUGGUGUGUGGAGAGAGAACUAUGUGAACUUCGGAGUGCAAGUGCCAAAGCAGCUCUAUGAAUUUCCCGACUUCCCUUCCAAGUUACCUUGGGGCCAGUAUCCCACAGGCCAAGAGACUCAGCACUACGUGGAAGACUAUGCUGAGCACUUCAAACUCCUCGAUUCAGUGGAAACUAAUACCAAGGUGCUGAGUGUGAAGCCACAGGAAGAUGGCUGGGUCUUCACAACCAGCAAGGACGGUACUGCAAAGGAGGAAAGCUUUGACUAUUGUGUGAUUGCCACCGGGCUUUACAGCAAGACCAAGCAAUUUCUUCCCAAGCUGCCAUCUCAGGAGCUUUUUCAGGGCCAAGCUUUACAUUCGACUGACUUUCAGGACCCGGCCAUGGCGGAGGGCAAGCGUGUGGUCGUUGUUGGAAACGGGAAGUCUGCAGUGGAUUGUGCGGUUGAGGCGUUCAAUGCUAAGGCCUCCCAUGUCACGAUGGUCAGCCGCAGGCCCCACUGGCCGACCCCGCGGAAGAUCGCCAAUGUGAUUCCCUUCCAGUACAUUUUCUUGUCCCGGCUUGGGCAGGCGCUGGUGACUGGCCAUCGGGGUGCCCUGCCCGGGGCCCCAAAGCAUAUGUCCUACUGGCACCAACUGGGUUGGCCUCUUAUGGCCGGUGCCUUCACGGUGGUGGAGAUGCUUUUCGCGCUGCAGUUCAGGAACAUGAGUGGCAGUACCUCGCCACUCUUCAAAUGCGAUGUGGUUUCGGAUUUCUAUGGGGCGGCGCAGGUCCUCGACUAUUCCUUUCGAGACUUGGUCUCGGCUGGGAAGGUGGAUUGGAAGAUCGGAAACCCAGAAGCUUACAGUAAACAUGGCUUGUUGGUGAAUGGACAGGAGCUGCCAGCAGAUCUCAUCGUCUAUGGCACAGGCUUCGAGAAGGACUACAGUGUGCUCUCGGAGGACGUGAGAUCCAAGCUGGGCAUCGAAGCGGAUGGACUCUACCUCUACCGUCACACCUUGCCCCCCCGGGUGCCUCGCUUGGCCUUCGUGGGGAGCGAGGUGGCCACCAUCUCCAACAUCUCCAGCUACGGCUUGCAAUCAGCUUGGCUUGGCAAGGUUUGGUCCAACCAGGUUGAACUGCCCAGUACUGAAAAGAUGGAGAAAGAGAUCCAGGAGAUGAAAUGCUGGAAGCGAAGCUGGAUGCCAAAUACUGCCGCAAGGGCCAGUUUGGUGUUGCUUCAUCAGACCCAUUUCCAUGACAUUCUACUGAAAGACAUGGGCAUCCAACAUUUAAGGAAGAUGCCGAAUGUGCUGGCAGAAGUGUUUAUGCCCUACCAACCACAAGAUUACAACGGUAUUGUUGCAGAAUAGCUGCCAUCGCUUACAGAUCUUUGAGUGCAGAAGGAAAUGGUCUGAGGCUAUGGGGGAUGGGUC